AUGGGUUUGGAUGCGGAGCUGCAGCGGGGCGGAAGGCAAAGGCCGAGGGUGGCGGCGGCGGCGGGGGUGGUGGCAACAAUGGCGCGGCCUCCGGGCGGGGAAGGGCAGGCCUGGGGGCGUGAGCCGGGGCCGGAGGCGGGUGAGCGGGUGAAGCGAAUCGCCGGGCGAUGUACUCGGCUGUCAGGAGCCGCGUACUCCGACAAAGCGCUCCGCAGGAAACGUGACGGCGCUGCGGAAGCAGGCCCCGAUGAGCCGCGCCAACAGCCGCUGAUGGAAACAGACGUACGGGAUUGUGGCAGAAAUAAUGAAACACGCCAACGCACGGCGCCGGCGCGCCGGUCGGGUAAAGCACUAGAAGAUCGUGUGGCGGUCGUCUUCAGGACACCACAGUAA